UAGCUCAGCAAUUUCUUUCAGGGCAUGUUAUGGUGUUUUAAGAUUUGUUAUGGAAAGUGGAGCAAAGGGAUGUGAGGUCAUUGUAAGUGGAAAACUGAGGGCUCAGCGUGCCAAAUCCAUGAAGUUCAAGGAUGGAUAUAUGAUUUCAUCUGGUCAGCCAGUCAAGGACUAUAUUGAUUCUGCAGUAAGACAUGUUCUCCUCAGACAGGGGGUUCUUGGUAUCAAGGUCAAGAUCAUGCUUGAUUGGGAUCCUAAGGGAAAGCAGGGUCCUAAAACUCCUAUUCCUGAUGUUGUCACAAUCCACCCUCCAAAGGAUGAAGAAGAAUACAUCCGGCCUGGUGCUGUUGUGGCAGCUGAUAUGGAUGUCCCAGUCGUGCCUGUCGCUUGAUCUGUUUUGAUUCAGCUGUUGGUUUAAAUUUUGUAGUGGUUAAGUCAGUCAUUCAAGUUUUUCUGGUUUCUUAAAUAUUCAGAGAUUGUUAUAUACUAAAGUUGUGAGUUUUUAAGCAGCAUAAGCCGGGUUCUGUUGCCAACAGAUUGGCCCUAAAAAUAAACUUAGGUACUGUGUCUAAUUUAUUCUUCUAAAGUAAUGUUAAAUCUUUUGAAAA